CGGCCUGUUUUGGAUCAGCUAUGCAAGCGAACACAACGCGGGGCUUCCUCUGGUCGGACGUGGAGACGAGGACGCUGCUGAACAUCUGGGGAAAGCAGGACAUCCAGGCGGCGCUGGAUGGAAACUUCCGAAACAGCUUCGUGUACCGCGACGUCUCCCGGAGGCUGGGAGCCAUGGGGUUUGAAAGGACGCCCGAGCAGUGUAGGGUGCGGAUCAAGAGCCUCAAGAGGCAGUACUUGUUGGCGAAGGAGGGCAAUCUGCGGAAUAAUGGGCAGUAUCACAAGAUCUGCAAGUUUUAUGACACCAUGGAGAGGAUUUUGAGUAACCGGCCGAGUCUGGACGCCCAGGAGUUUAUAGACAGCGGUGCGGGAGGAGAGGAGGCCGUCGAUGGCCCGGAGGAGGAUGGGGAAGAUGCUCAGGAUGCUUACUCUGAGAGCACAGGGGAGUGUCCUUAUCCCGCUGAGACUGAAGUCAAGUUGGAAUACCCAACUGUUCCCAUCCCCAUUCCGGUUAAAGUGACAGUGGGGAAUAAUGGGACUUGAUGCGAAGCCGCCUAACAGCAGCCAGUCGGCCAGCUGUUUGUCAGCCAGAGCGCCCAAACGGCCCAGGAAGCGACGCGCCAAUUUCCCCAUGGAGAAGCUGAUGGAGCAGUUCCUGGAGCAGAGCGCCCAAGCCGAGGACAACUUCUACCGGAUGGAGGAGCAGCGCUUGCAAGCAGAAGACCGGCGCCGGGAAGCUGAGCAUGCCCGGGAACUGCAGAUGCUUCAGAUGCUUGGCCAGAUG